UCCGCCGUCCAUUUUCUGGCUAUGGCGUUUUUAGGGUUAGGGAUUACGAGCGAGCGAAGCGCGCUUCGCCAGGGAAGUAUGGCUACGCCAUUCAUUGCUGGAGUUGCGAUCGCCGCAGCUGCGAUAGCUGGGAAGUAUGGGGUUGAGGCAUGGCACGCGUUCCGGACGCGACCGGCAGUGCCGCGAUUGCGAAAAUUCUACGAGGGCGGUUUCCAGCCGACGAUGACGAGACGAGAAGCCGCGCUGAUCCUUGGCGUGAGGGAAAGCGUCGCACAGGAGAAGAUCAAAGAGGCGCACAGGAAAGUGAUGGUCGCGAAUCAUCCAGAUGCUGGAGGGAGCGAUUACCUCGCGACGAAGAUCAACGAGGCCAAGGACGUGUUGCUCGGGCAGAGAAGGGGAAGUGGAUCGGCAUUCUAAAGCUAGGUGUCUGUGUACAAAGAUUUUUGCUAAAGAUGAAUAGUGACCGUUCGAUCGGUGGGAAUAAAGGAGAAUAAACCUUGGAAUUAAA